ACACUGUGCGCAAGGGCUUCAUAACAGAGCAGUCAGUGGGAACACUUGAACGCACGGAGGGGGAGGAGGGCUGCGAGAAAAAACAAGCCGAGAAAAUUGUUCGACUGAAACGAAAGUACUAAUACCAAGUGCAUUCGACCCCACCGUUACUCGCUUUAAGAGCGAUCAUCGCGACUCCGAUGUAGUUUUGUCGACUUCACGUUGCGGUGUUGCGCACGGCGGCGUCCAUCCGGUAAAAACAAUAUAAGUGCUGGGGAGUCUGUCUGUAGGGCUACUGUACGGACGGCCAGUGCAGAACUGUUCUGAUGUGUCAAUAAGUUUGAGGUGGACGGGAUGCUGGAAUGAGAAGGCCCUGGCGUUUCGAUUGGAUUUCAGAGGUCAUCUUCAUCGCAUGAUACAGCCUGACUGACAGAUCCAUCCUCAUCUUUCAAAUACCGUAUUUCCAUAUUCUGUGACUCUGGUCAACAGCAGUAUGAAGGGCGGAGGUGGAGGGAAAGAGCCUCCUGUGGAGGGAGAGGUCAGCGGAAAACGGCCCAAACGCAAGUGCCUGCAGUGGCACCCGCUGCUCGCCAAGAAAGCUCCGGACUUUUCUGAGGAAGAGGAGGAGGAGGAUGAAGAAGAGAUGGAAAAGGAGCCGGUGUUAUGCACUGAGAGCGGGGUUCAGGAGGGUGAGUGUGUUGCGAUGGAGGAUGACGUUGGAGAGUUCUCUUCUGAGCAGCGAGCUCGCCGACCCAUGAACGCCUUUCUGCUGUUCUGCAAACGGCAUCGUUCGCUCGUUCGGCAGGAACACCCACGACUCGACAACCGGGGAGCCACGAAGAUCCUGGCGGACUGGUGGGCCGUUCUGGAUCCCAAAGAAAAGCAGAAAUACACAGACAUGGCCAAGGAGUAUAAGGAUGCUUUCAUGAAGGCUAACCCAGGUUACAAGUGGUGUCCUGCCACCAACAAGCCGGUGAAGAGCCCAUCCCAUUCCUUGAGUAAUCCCCGUAAGAAAGUCUGGCCUCUGCCCUCCAACCCUAGCAAGGACACAUCCAUUGCCAAAAAACAGCAUAAAACUGAAGGUGCACCACAGCUAAACUUUGCCAUGGCAGAUCCCACUAAAAUGGGGGGCCUAAGCAUGCUGCUGUUAGCCGGGGAACACGCCCUGACCGCCAGAGAGAUUUCCUCCAGCUCUUCCCAGACAGAAGGCACAGAUGCUGUUAAGCAUGCUGGGAAAUCAGCCCUCUUCCAGCUGGCUGAGAUAUCUUCCAGUCCAGAGCAGCUGGCUGAGGAAAGUAAGAAUGUUGAAGAUGGAAGCUCUCUGACAAAUGCGGAGGCCUUUGGACCGUCUCAGCCGAGCUCUCCAGACCUGCCCAAGAGUUGUGUUAAAUCUCCUCUGUUUCAGCUGGCUGAGCAGAUCUCCUCCAGUAGGUCUCAACCCGCGUCCGAGGGGCGGCAGUGCGGCCAGUCGGCUCUUUUCCAGCUAGCUGAGAUGUGUUUGGCCUCUGAAGCAGAGAAGAUGGAAGCUCGCUCCUCACAACCUUCAGAAGAUUCAUCUGUCUGUGCUCAGCACAGCUCAAGCAGCACAGUCGACCCCGACCGCAAAGAGCACAGGGACGGUCCUCAUCUUCCUCUCCCCAUGCCACCAUCAACCUCAUCUUCUGCCUCUACCUCCGGCUCCACCUCUUCCUCUCCCACUGACGCCACCCCCUCAGAGCUCAGCCCUCGUAAGACGCCGAGGAAGAAAAAAAAGAAGAAAGAAAAUAAAGAAACUGACGAGUCUGGAAAAAAUCUCACAUCACCCAAAAAGGUAAAAGAAACUGACGAGUCUGGAAAAAAUCCCACAUCACCCAAAAAGGUAAAGAAGCGACAGUCGCCCGACUCGGACUUGGACAGCGUGAUGUUCACUAUCGAGGCGGUUGCUAAAGGUGCCUGGGGCUCAGAGGAGACCCCUAAGAAGAAAUCUCGUCUCUCAGAAAGUGACAGCAUCCCAGCUGUCGACCAAUCUGUGGCGCUGAAGAAGAAGUCAAAACCCAAACAGAAAAAAGCAAAAGACGAAGCGAAAGAGGAAGAGAAGAUGGAAGAGGAUAAGCAGAAUGACGUGGAGAUGAAAACAGAAGAACCUCCCCUGUCCCCUAAGGCAGAGUGUGAGAAGAUGCCUGAUGUGAAGGUAGAGCCCCCUAGUGGUGUGGAAGAAAUAGCGCCUCACUGCUCACAGCCGAUCGAAACGGAAGAGAGAGAAGCGGACGCCAAACCGUCUCCAGACCAAACCAGACCUGAGGAUAAGGAACCAGAGUUCAAGCCAGAGACCUCGGGGUCCAGGAAGUCCGAACGGAGCUGUAAAGGAGCUCUUUAUAAAACACUGGUGUCUGAAGGGAUGCUGACGUCUCUGCGGGCAAAUGUCGACAGAGGGAAAAGAGGUUCCAUGCGAGGCAGCGUGUCUGAUCACGAGGGUGGCUGGAAUGACGAGAGUUGGGGGUUUUCUCAACCUGCUGUCAGUACCCCAAAAAAGCUGAAGAAGUCUAAAUCUAAAGAGGAAACCACCCCUGGACUGGGUAAACUCGAGGAGGAAUUCGAGAAAAAGUUCAACAGCUUGCCGCAGUACAGCCCCCUGACAUUUGACAAAAAGACCGCAUCAGUCACCAAGAAGAAAAAAAGCACCGCGGCCAACUCUCCCGAACUGCCCAAACCCUGCACGGGUUCAUCUUCAUCUCAGAAAAAGACCUUUUUCCACAAGAUAGUGAGCAAGUACAAACACAGGAAGGAGAAAUCCAGUGCGGCAGACAAAGAUGUUGUCACACCUGACCCAGCGGUCACAGAAUCGAGCCAGGUUGUGAAACCGGACAGUCCGUGUGUAUCUCCCUCUCCUGAACCCCAAAAGGUUUUGGAAACGCCCGUGGGCAGUCAGAAGAGGAAGGCCCGGAAAAAUAAAAUCACACACUUGGUGCGCACGGCUGACGGUCGAGUGUCACCUGCAGAGGAGGACAAAUCAAAAGAUCAGACCAAGAAUCAGGAUGAAAAGCCAUUCACUCACGAGACAUUAUGCAAUAGGGGGGUCUGCUACACUGACCCCGGAUCAGAGGAAGCGGACAGGUCGGAUACGUCCGGCAGCCUCCCGACCUUCUUCAGCUUAGCGGCCCUCGCUGAGGUCGCCGCCAUGGAGAACGUGCACAGAGCCCAGCGUGCUGUAAGCAUCGCCACUGAAGGUCAGGUGAAGGACAUGGCUCCUGUGCUGAUUUCCUGUGCGGACCAGUGAGGUCUCUGAUUGGCCCAGACUGGGUCUAACCCAGUUGUGGCCUAUGUAAGGACAUGCUGGGACCUCAUCUUUGACCCUGGGCCCCUGAUGCCAGGGGGAUAGAGAGAUACUGAAAAUGAAUGAGGGACGUGGAUAAGGAUGUUUUAUCCCAGAAGCCUUCACCUUGCAACCUUUCCCCACCCCUCGCUCCCUCUCUCUCACCCCCUCAGGGCCCCGAGGGAGCCAUACCUGGUCUCCGAAACUGUUCCUCUAGUGGCUUCAGACCAGUUAUCAGACUUUACAAUCUGCAAGAAUGGCUACUCUAUAAGGUCAAGUUUUGCCUACAAAAAGUGCAUUUGAAGCAAGCGCUCUCUCUCUCUAUCCAUCUUUCUUUUUAUUUUAGCUUCUGUUUCUUCUGGUUAGCCUUAUUGCACAAACAUCUACUUCACAAAGCGACGAACUACUUUCUCAGUCAGAGGAAAUUUUGUGGCUUCCUGUCCCCCUUUCCUGCUCUGAAUCUAUUAAGAAACAGUGAGAGAGAGAGAUAGUUUUUAGACUGCCCGACCUCAGCUUUACACCUCUGUUUGGUUUUAUUCUUUGCACACUUCAAUACCAUCCUCACCUUCACGAUGCACAAUUCCUAGAUGCCUCUUUCUUUCAAGCAAUGACCCUCGAACGCAUCUGAAGGUGAGAGUCUGAGAACUCGCGCAGGCAGCAGCGAUGUGUUACGGGGGUAACGGAUGUUUGCGUGCAUCUCGCUGCGGUCACGCGCAUACCCACUUCUUACUGACUGAAUCACCUGAUGGAAAGCCAGUCGAACCGUUUGUAUCUUGAAACCCCCAUGGCUUUUGGCUCUUCGCUGACAUGCGCAGACGUUGACAGGUCUAUUACUAGUAGGCCCAAGGGGAAUCUGUGGGUUUUCUUGCAUUAUAAGUAGUAAAUCCACACAAAAACAUGUUAGCAUAUUUAAUUUAGCAAAGCUUUUUAUUAAGCAAACAUGCAGGGGGCGAUGUGGAGAAGUUGCGAAUGACUCUUAUUCCAUUUUUGCGUACGCAUAUUCCACGUGGGCCCGGUUUUAAGAUCAGCGUGGCGAUACUUGAACGAUGAAAAUGCAUUUUAUGUCAAUACUUGACCUUACCCGCAGUGUGUAGCGUCUUGCUGGCUAAUCCGAAAGAGUGCUACGCCUCUCUAACAUAGUUUAAUAAUAGACACUGCACUAAUUUUUAGCUUCCUUAGACUUUUAGGCUUUUAGUUGACGUUGGCUUUUGUUCUAAUAGCGAGUUUUGGUAUUUGUUUUGUGCUUUUUGUAUCGUCACUGAGAUACGCAGCCUUGUUUUCCUCUCGUACCUGAGGCUGUAGAUGCCAUUCCAGCUUAACAUGUUUUGAUUCUGUCCAUUUAAGCACAUGGUGGGAGAGAAUUGGAGAUAAAAGGAAAACAGGGAUUGAUGUUGAGACUCUGGAUGUCUCUCUCACUCAUACACACUUGCACACACACCUGUAUUGUGGGAGUCCCAGCGUAGCGUGUUGUCUUGUAACAGCACAUCCUGUGAGUCAGGGUCUGGUCUUCAGAUCAUGUACUGUGUGUCUGCAUUGACUGAUUGUACAAAUCAUUUUUCUUCCCAGUAUUUUUGUCUUGUUUUCCAGUAGAAAUAGCUUUAACUUCCUUUUAAGAUGCAAUAUAUUCCAGACACAAAAUUGCGCCAAGUUUUAUUUUAUAUAGUGACGUUUCUUUUUCUUAACCCAGUUUCAAAUCCUCAAAAACAGUUUUGUCAGAUUUCUACUAUAGAAACACGUAUUUGCAUAAAAAGGAAAACUAUAUAUAUUUGAUCUGAAUAUUACCCUUAAUAUCUGCCACUGUUACAUUGUUGUUAAGACUGAAAAACCAGAUUUGACAAAAAUACUUGAGAAAGUGAUUUCGACUUUCUGUGUUUUCGGGCUGGUUUGACCCUCAGACUCGGGUUCCUGAAAGCCUCCCGAGAUCCCAGAGAGUCUAGAUGAGGUAAAUGAAGGAAUUCUUGAAGCCAGAUCACAAAACAUUAAUCUGCUGUAGUCGCGCUUUUUUUCCGAUUUUGAUAAUAGUCUGUUUUGCUUUUCAAAAUAUCCUUCUAUAAAUGAUAUUGUCUGUGAAUUUAUGAACUAAUAAGGUUUUUUUACUUUUUUGAAAAUACUGUAUUUAACUUUUCUUUCCGUAGAACACCUUGCGCAGGGUUCGUUUUCCUCGCUUUUGUUCCGUUUCGUUACUAAAACCUCUUUUCCGAGGUUCGCUGUACUGGAUCGAGACUGUUGUCAAAAGCUCAUAUACAAAUAUCUGUGUAUAUAUAUAUACCUAUGCUUACCUGUUAAGCCAACAAGCACUGAGAUAGAUGCACCGCCUCUAGACGAUUAGUUUCCUGCUUGUGAAAGUGCACGUGCGUGGCAAUGCCGCAAAUGGCCUACGUCUGGUGUGUGUGGCCGGGCACAACGUCUGAAUGUUCCCCCUCCCUGUUAUUUAUACAAUAGAGGCAUUUACUCCAAGCCACGGGUUUAAACCUCAAGUGUAUUUUAAGUAAUAGUAAGCUUGUAGGCUGUAACUGUGCCUGAGGCAGUUAUGAGAAAUAUCAUGUUUACCUGAUCAAUCAGGACCUAAUCACUUUUUUUAAGUGUGACUUUGUGAAGCUUAUGAAAUUUUAUAAAUCACCUUUAUGGCCCUGCUUAUGAAACUUUAGAAGUGUAUAACAGGGUGAAAGUAUUAUAAAUAAGAAGAUUAUGAAACCUCCUGCUCGUUUGUGUUGAAAUCGGUCGGUUGCGAUUGGAGACUUUGAAUUGGAUCAAUGUGAUCAUGAAUUUUCCCAGCUUCAUUGUAGACUGUCGGUGGACGCCAUGUUUGAUUUGCGCAAAUGAAAACAAAAACAUUGUCGCUGUUCUUCCGAAACCUCGCAUGUCCAAAUUUGCUGUUUUUCAGGAAAUGGAAAAAACACUGUACUUUGGAAUUGAUUAAAUACUGUGUUGUCAAAGUUGACAAGUCCGUUUUAAUACCUUUUUUAGAGAUAUUUACAAAACCGAGUGACAAACAUAAAGGGUGACUAAUAAUAAUGAUUUGUGAUUUACCAAAUGUGGACAUAUGAGGUUUCGGAAAGGACAGCGAUGAUGAGGGAUAGACAUGACCUGUUCAGAAGAAAAAAUCAAUCCAUGAGUUGUUCAAAUAGAGACAUUUUCUUGGUUAAGUGCGUUUUUUAGAUUGUAUGGUUUUAGGAUUACAAGAAUCUAUAUUGUCCAUAUGUUUUUUAAUUGUUUUAUCUCAAGUGUUACAUAAGCUGAACUGUUAUUAAACACACAUCUUGUUUUCAUAUGCGUCAAAUGAAUCACGAUGUCCACCCUGACAGAGAUCUAUUUGAAGAUUAUCUGUUUUCUCAAAGGAUGAAUCAUGUUAGAAGAAAAUUGUUUGUCGUUUCCAGGAAGUUACUGUAAGACGUCUUCCCUCGCGUGUAACGCGCCUCAGACGUGACGCAAUUUAUGUUCUUCCCAGCGAUCAGGAGAAGUACCAUACUCUCAGACCAGGCGUUUUUCUCUCAAGCCAAAGAAAAGCGAAAAGAGUCUAAGGGAAAUGUAUUGAUGCAGAACGUCAAGCUCACUCCACUGCGUCAGACCAGUGGACCCGUCUUCAGGUUUCAAAUGUAUUAUAUCAGCACAACUAAUUCUUCUAAUGUUUUCUGAUGGUUUUCCUCUGAAUUGGGCAAAAUGUUGGCACCUUUUUAAUGCCUAAUUUUAGGAAGACAAUAUUUGCACCUUAAACCCAUACCAAAACACCAUCGCCUUCUAAAAGGAACAGUUCACCCAAAUAUUUGGUCAUCAUUCCUCAUCCUCAUUCCAAAUAUGAUUAGCAGAUGUUGCACUUUCCAAACAACAAAUAUAGAAAAUCAAUUCCAUGAACUGGAGAUAACAUAUUUUUUAUUCUUGGUCACUUCUGGUCAAUCAAUGUGGAUUUUGUCCGACAUCAAUAUUGAGAAAGCAAUGUGAUGCAAAUGAGAUGCAUAUUGAAAAUAGAUUAAAUGUAACAUUUAUUGUGCGUUACGUGCAUAGUUAGCAGCAUGUAGCAUCAAAUCAAACUUGUCUACAUGAACAGACUGGAAAGAACGAUUGGCUGAACGUAAACAUUCAAUGCAAAAAGAGCAUUCACUUUCAUUCUUUUUUUUAUUGGUGAACUGUCCCUUUAAAGAUUGAUCUUCCCAUCUCGCCGGUGUCCCCCUCAUGAAUUCUUAACCGACCCCUCUCACAUAUUGAGACUGAGUGACAUUGUGUGUUUUAACAAUUUGUUAAUGCUAGCAAAAUUUAUAAUGCGUAGUAGCUUAUUUGAUCGGCCCAGCAUGAUGCAGAAUUCGAUCCCAUCCCAUGCCCCUGUCAUGAAGUCCACACUUCCUUUUUCUAUUUAGAAGAUGCCUCUUAGCGAAAUGCCUCUAUGAAACAGAAAUUCCUAUAUUAGCUAUAAAGAUUCUGAUAUUAUUCCCUUUUGUGCUAGAUUGUCUCUUGAAUGUAAUGGAUUUUGUACCUGUAUUUUUCUAAUUCCGAUUCAGUCUUUCUGUACGCGGUGGCUUUAUACAGAGGAAUUCUAUCUAGGCUGCUUCUUUAAGUAAAUACUUUGUAAAAACUUCCAGUCGUUCUUAAUAGACACACCCUGACCUCUGUAGUGCGCGGUAUACGCUCAAAUCUCACGAGGGUACCCCUGCCACCUUCGUAUGUGACGUCAUCUUCUCUUUUACGCAUCUACACGCAAUAGCGGCGAUCGCAGAUAUCCGUUUUGCCAAACCUUCCACUUUUCACCUCCUUAACUCUUCAUAACCUGAAUAUGAACCCCGUAAAUGAUGAUCAUCUUUCUCUGUAUGUGAAUGCAAGUUCGUGGCUUAAAAUGCAGUUGUGGCACCGUCUGUUUAAAAGCUAAACCCCGAGAUCCUGUUCUGAUUUUUCUGAGGAGUUUCUUACUCUUGUGUGCUUGAUCUGAUUAUUGUCACUAGUACUGUAAAAUGCAAUGUAUGGAUUUGAUUGUUACAGCCCAGUUGUUGAUGCAGCCUUGCCUUACUGAACCCCCUGUGUAGAGAGGGAACCCUUCGCCAUUGUCCUUCUCAUCCAGUCUUAUGUCAUUACACUGUCUGCUGACGCAAAUGUUAUUCUUUAAACACCUAUUAAAGUAACAUACAU